CAACAGCUGAGUUCGCGUCACAACAAAGGCUCAGUCGUGGAAAAAGAGAAAAGUGAUAAUAGAAAACUCUCCCCCUCCUCAUGAUAAGGGCUGCAAUCGUCUGUCAUCUGGUUGUGCAUCUGGCUAGUUUUUAGUAUUUCCCGCAGCCCGCGUGCCGCGCAAACUAAAACGCAAUGGAUACGGGUCGACGUACUGAGGGUGAUGGUAUGGAGCACGAGGAGCUCGCUGGAUCGUUCACAGGAGCGAAGCGAUCGGCGUCCACCUCUUCCAGCGUAUCUUCCACACUGCUGCCAACGGCGGACAUAAAGCUGCCGGCAAACUUUUCCAUCGAACGACUGCUACCUCACUCCGGCGCCAAUCCAGUGUACCGGCCGACCGAGCUCGUCACCGGUGGAAACACCUCCCUGGCCGCGGUAGUGCCACGCGGCAAAGUGUUCAACCUGGUGCCCCGGCUGGUGGCGCCCGGUGGCCGCCCGAAGCUAGCGACGAUGCACAACAAAGAGCCAAAGUUUGUCCCAUUCGAACCGUACAAAGGGGCCGUCACGCCGAUCAUCCCCGGGCGCAACAGCAUCCCUGGCGGUGGAUCGCGCGUCAAGCUGGCCAACCGCAACAAUCUCGACCUGAGCGUGCUCGUCUCGCAGAUGUCGACCAUCGCGGACAAGGAGCUGCGCACCAGUGCGGCCCCAUCGUCGGUCGAGGACGAGGAGCGGCAGCGGUACGAGCGCGAACUGGCGGAACUGCGCAAGGAGCGCGACUACUUCCAGGGCCAGCUGAAGUUCCAGGCGCAGGUGAAUGCGGAGCUGAAAAAUCUGCUCGUGGCCGCCGUGGGCGAAGAUUUGCAGACGAAGGUGAACGUGCUGACCGAGGACAAGCUGCACCUCGCCCGCAAGCUGCUCAACUCGGCGGAAAAUCUGUCGUCCCACACGGAGCAGAUCGAGUUUCUGGCCGGCCAGAGCGAGGUAUGGCGCAGCAAGUUUCUCGCCAGCAGCCUGAUGGUGGAGGAGCUGGCCCGCUGGAAGGCUAGCCUGCUGCAGCGGAACGGACUGCUGCUGGCGUCGAACAAAGCGCAGCUCGAGGUCAUCUCGAAGUCGCGCGAGCUCGUGCUGGACGUGCUGAAGCAGCUGCGCUUUCUGGCCAACGCCAAGGAACCGCUGCAGCUGCCGUCGGCCAACGUGCUCGAUCUGGCCGCCGAAUGCGUCAACAUAUCGCAGCAGCUCGCCCUGCAACAUUCCGCCCUCGGCAUGCCGAACAGUCUGGACGGGCUGAACGCGCUGGAAUGCAUGACGGACGCGGAGAAGCUGGCAGUACAGGCGCUGCAGAGCUCGCACCAGUCGCUGCUACCGACGGAUGAAGCAUUUCGAGCGAUCGUUGGCCAAGCAUUUCCCUCAAUCCAUUCGAUACAGAAGCAGCAGCAGCAGCAGCAGUCGGACGAUGCGCUCACCUCGCUGGGCUCGGACUUUGAAGUAGUGACCGCACCGGACAGCGACACGUCCGGCAAGGAAGGGCCAAAGUGAUUUGCCGACGAUGUGAACAAUUUUUAUAUCUCCUAACUUUUAGCUCGCCCCUUCAGAGAGUGCAAUCCGAGAGAAGAGGUUCAGUUUACUGGUAUCAUUUUAUACUAAUGCUUAGAGCUGUGUACGUUUAUGGAAACAAAGUUUAAAAAGCAAUAAAGGAAAAAGCGCGUUUCGUUGGAUGACUUUUAUGAAAGUUCAUCUGAAGCGAGCGCAAUAAGUAAAAAAAAAAGUUUUUUAGGC